AUGGCACAUGAUGGCUCUACACAAAAAUCUAUGCAGCCACCUGCUAUCACCGCUAUCAAGGGCGACGCGGGUUUCGGGAACCAGAUCACCCGCCACGCCAUGGAGAGAUCGUUUAGCCAGGACAUCCAAGAAGGCAAUCAAGAGCUGAAAGAGGCGGCCGAACAGACACGCAAUAUCAUUCUCGAUCUCGGGCUUGAUGGCCGAGUCCGGUGGGUCAGCCCGUCUUGGACAGACGUGGUUGGCACCGAGUUGGACGCUGUCCGAGGACACAAUAUUUCCGAGUUCAUCAGUGGCGAUACCGAGGUGUUUGACUCGGCGAUAGAGGCUCUGCAGCGUAAUGACUCCAAAAGCCAAAUAGUCAAGUUUGCUGUCAGGAUUGGCACCUCUUCGGAUAUGGCACCGAUGCUCCCGACCGAGGACGGCGAAGCCCCAAGGGAUGACAAUGUCGACACUGACGAGGCCGGAAAAGCCACACUUGAGCUGGAAGGUCAGGGAAUUAUGGUGUAUGACCGAGCCUCUGGCGGAGAGUCACACACUAUGUGGAUGUUACAGCCUGCCACCAAACCAAUCCGUAUCGAGAUUGCUCUUCCACAAGCCUUGGUUGAAACGCUUGGGGUAGGCGCAGAAAUCCUCGCCAAAUACCUCACCGAGCUCGCGGAGGCUGGUGCCAACGACCCUGAGAAUCACCCCCCUCCCUUGCCAGUCCUCUGUCGAGUCUGCGAGCGUUCUAUAGUGCCUUGGUGGUUCGAGAAACAUUCAGAUCUAUGUGUGCAAGAGCAUAAAGCAGAGAUGGAUGUCCAGAUGAUCCAGGAGAACCUCGCAGAACAACGGCAUGCAAUUGUUAAGGUUUUGGAUGCUUUUGAAGCUCGUCAGGGAAGAUCUUCUGGCACCGAGAUCGCCCCUGCUUCUGGUUCGGUUUCAGAGUACAAGGGGUUGCCCAUCGGGCCUUCGCCAACGCCCUCAUCUGGUGUUUCCUCAGCCUCGGUAUCUCAUGCUGCUAGUCCGGUGAGGUCCAGAAGUCCAUCCGCUGCAGGGUUGGGCCAUGCUCGGGCUCGAUCGUUUGUGGUUCGGCGACCACUCGUUCGCAUUGUCGAGCUUAUUCUUGACCUUUGUGAUACGGCCCUCGAGAUAAAUGUCCCCUCAUUUAAGGACAGCAAGAAUAAUUCCGAAGAUGAUUUCAGAUCCCAAUCGCCACCCUCGGAGUCGAGGAUAUCACAGGUCAAACAGUGGCAACCCCCGAGUAGCUUGGAAACCGAGCCUGGCUUAGCUGCGCUUAGCGCUGACACGGAGAAGAUGGCACGGGCAAAGGUGGAAGCUGUGCACCGGCACCAGUAUAUCUUGGAAUACUCGGAACGCAUCCGUCAGGAAUACAUGGCUGAAGUUGACGCGUGCAUCAAUGAAGCUCUGAUCAAGGCGGAGAGAGCUGCGGCAGGGGAGGCUCUGUCGUCCAGUGAGAGCGAGUUUGAGGAUGAGGCUGCAAUGGGAGAAAAUGUCGAGAAUCAGGAACAAAACGAUGAAUUCACUUCGCAGGCUGUCGACUCCCAGGAUACGCGUGCCGCCUCGUAUGUGGGGCUGAAGGCUAUGGCCUCUGUUCUCCGAAAUCCUCGUGAGAUAGCACACAUCACUAUAAGAGAUCAGAGGCGCUCCUCGUCGCAGGCUGUCUCAACGGGUUCAAACAGUCCGGUGGAGUGUCCCACUCCCAAGUCACACAAGAGCAAUCUAGUCUCUCAGCCGCAACCUAUAUCUAACAGACGACCUGUCUAUGUUGAAGACGCCAAUGACAGCGAUAGCAGCUUGCCUUCCUCAGUGUUGUCCCACAACUGGCGUGCCGAGUCUCCGAUGUCCGCCUCAGAUCAUGGUCGAACCGCGACCUCACGCGACAGGAAAAGAAGAAGUAUGCAUAUUCAUGGUCUCAACUCGGCUUCUCCGCAUCGCCAGCAAUCCCCUGGAAGAUACCCACCUCCUCCACCUUCGCCACUUCGCAUGACAAAGUCGAGGAUCCCCAGCGGCGAACUGGCCCAGUCGCCUGUUGUGUCACCACUGCUGACUGCUGGCGAGUUCAUGCCUCCUGCGAAUGGUCACAUUGUGCAUCGGAGGCAUUCCUCAAUGCACUCGUCUGACAAGACUCCGUCCUCUCCUAGGCUCAACUCCAUCAACCAUCCGCAACAGCGGGCGCAGCCUCCCUCUAUCAAAGACUUCGAAGUCAUCAAGCCCAUCAGCAGAGGGGCGUUUGGGAGUGUUUACCUCGCCAAGAAGAAGAUCACAGGGGAAUAUUUUGCAAUCAAGGUGCUCCGGAAAUCUGAUAUGGUGGCCAAAAACCAAGUGACCAAUGUGAAAGCCGAACGUGCAAUCAUGAUGUGGCAAGGAGAAAGCGAUUUCGUUGCCAAGUUGUACUGGACUUUCUCAAGCAAAGACUAUCUCUACUUGGUGAUGGAAUAUCUGAACGGAGGCGAUUGUGCUUCGCUCGUGAAAAUCCUCGGGGGCCUGAGCGAGGAUUGGGCAAAGAAAUACAUUGCUGAAGUCGUUCUCGGAGUGGAGCACUUGCACAGUCGAGGCAUCGUCCAUCGUGAUCUAAAGCCGGAUAAUCUUCUGAUCGAUUCCAAGGGUCAUCUCAAGCUCACUGACUUCGGUCUUUCUCGCAUGGGUCUCAUUGGUCGACAAAAGCGUGCUCUCAAGCAGCCGGAUGAGCGCCCACCUGAUUUGCUGAAACAAGGCCCAUUCACGCAGUCUGGUUCAGCUACGGGUUCCGGCCCGACGUCGAGAUCUGCUUCUUUCGACUAUCAAGGUCCCAAUUCGCCUGCGCCGACUCCUCUCAUGACACCCGCUUUGACUGGUGGUCUUGAUCAGCCCUCUUAUUUCAGUUUGAAUCGUGACAGCUCCUUGAACCGUGAACUUUACUGGAGAAGUCCCGGAGAUCGCAGCGACAGCGGCUCAAGCUAUGAGCUGAAUCUUCUCUUCAAAAAACUCGAAAUUCAAGAGUCAGCCGAUACUACAGUCCAUGCGCCACCCCGAGGGAACCCUGUUGAAGAAGAGUCCCACAGCCAAGGCAGCGAGUCACCGGAUCUCUUUCCGUUAUCACAAUCGAUGAGCAACAUCUCACAAGGUCCCCCUCCUCUUGCCUCUUCUCAGGUGCUUCCGCCCUUAUUUGAUCCUGAGGCGACAGAUCGGCGCUUCGUUGGCACACCUGACUAUCUGGCUCCCGAAACCAUCAAUGGUAACGGUCAAGAUGAGAUGUGCGAUUGGUGGUCUCUGGGAUGCAUAAUGUUUGAAUUUCUUUAUGGGUAUCCGCCCUUUAACGCGGAAUCAACCGAGAAGGUAUUUGACAACAUCCUCCACAGAAGGAUUGCCUGGCCCCAAGAUGAUGAGGUGGAAGUCAGCCCUGAGGCGAAAGAUUUGAUCGGCAAAUUGCUCCAGCUGGAUCCGAGGGAAAGACUUGGAGCCAAUGUUGAAGAAAAGUACCCAAGCGGCGGUCGAGAAAUCCAAGCUCAUUCAUGGUUCGCUGACAUCAACUGGGGGACGUUACUCGAAGAUGAGGCCCAGUUCAUCCCAGCUCCCGAGCACCCUGAAGACACCGAGUAUUUUGAUUCACGCGGAGCCACAUUGUCGUCUUUUCCUGAGGAGCUUGAGGACCAGGUUUCGCCGUCCGGAACUACUCCAAACGGUACAGAAUAUCCAAAUCGUCCACACGAUGCUUUAUUCCGCGCCAAGACACAGGGAGGCUCUAGCAAACGAGGAUUGAUGCCUUUGCACAUUCCUCCUCAUGUCGUGCGUGACUCACGAAGCCGCAGGUUGAGUGAGCCUGUCCUUGUUGACGAUUUUGGGAAUUUCACGUUCAAGAACCUCCCAGUUCUGGAGAAGGCCAACAAGGACAUUGUUGAGAAGAUGAGGAAAGAAGCGAUGCAAGCCCAAGCGCGGGGGUAUUCGCACUCUCAAGCCGUCUCGGCCGCUAACAGCCCGGCUGUUGGUUCCCCUGGGCCGUCAGUUGAAGGAAGUCCAAUGAUGCCCAUGCCUGUGAAGCGCGCGUUAUCAAUCAGCAAGGGGCACAGACCAGGAUCUCCGUCAAGCUUGGGGACAUCCAACUCUUCACCCAGCAGACCCUCUCAGCCUUCCUCGCCCUUGUUGGUACAAUUCUCCACCGCCCAGCAUCACGAGAGAAGAAAGACUUCUGGCUCGUCACAAGGGAGCAGUUCGCUCGUACCUGGGAGCUUCUUUGAUAUUCCCUAUGACACUAUCAAGCAAGGAGCCCCGCUUUCCUCUUCUCCCAGCAAGCCUAUACGAAUGCCUGGAGCUUCCCCGGCGAAGGCAAUGGCCGUGCCUCAAAGACAGACAAGCAUUCACGGCCGGACGCGUUCGCAAACCGUCGGGUCGCAAGAGAGUGACGGUCAGACUCCUCGAGAAGGAUUUAUCCCAGGUCAUCAUAAACGAAGGAGUCAGCUCCUUGUACGGGAUAUUUCACCUUCAUCGUCUGAUAACGAGUCAGCCCAUGCCAAGGCAUUGCUCAAAGUUCAACGUCGAAGACAGAGCUCGAGGAGAUUAUCGCAGAUAAACUUCUUCGAUGGUCCAAUGUAUCGCCCAUUGGACGUGCUGAUCUGUGAGGACCAUCCUAUCUCUCGCAUGGUUAUGGAGAGGUUGUUUGAGAAGCUCCGAUGUCGUACAGUAACGGCGAGCAACGGGCCUGAUGCGCUCCGGUUGGCUGUCAGCCAAAUCGAAUUCGAUGUCAUCUUCAUGGAGUUCAAGCUGCCGCUCAUUUCCGGCGUAGACGUUGCGCGGAUGAUUCGAGACACCAAGAGUGCCAACACGCAUACGCCCAUUGUAUGCAUCACCGGUUAUCUCAAGGAUUUGCCGGAGAGCCACCACUUCGACACCUUAAUGCAGAAGCCACCGACAAUGCAGAAGUUGACCGAAAUGCUCUGCAAAUACUGUGCUUGGAAGCCACCUCCGAAAGAUUUGAAACUGGCUGCACCGCUGACUAUUCCGCCCGUCAGUAGCCGUUUCGACCCCGUGCACAGUCAGGAUAGUCCGAGCUCUGUUGCGUCGAGCUUGCCGCCAACAUUACCGGAUUCCUCUUACAAGGCCUCCAGUCGCGAAGAUUCAAUCGGUAGUGGCGGGUUUUUCAGUGACUUGGAGUCUUUAAAGGGGGAUGAUAUCCCGGUGAUUGUGUCCCGGGCAGCUACCGACGAAUGGGCCAAAGGGGGACUGGGCAUCUCUGAUGAUAUUGUCCUCAGUCAACCCCCCUAUGUUCGAAGUGGAUUUCCUCAUCUGGUACAGAUCGAGUCGGCCCCUCCCAGCGCCUGCGUAGAGGAGCCUAGCGGGUACGGUCUCCGCACCCCACGGCGGCAGAAGUCUUCCGAGGCCGUCAAGUUGAAGCGCGAGCAUUUGGAAAAGAGCAUGCGAAAUGCCACCGGCGCAGCCGAGGAAGGAGACGACGAAGACGAAGAACUCGGUGACGUCCAGGUCCGGGCUCGGUCGCCUACUGGGAAGAGUGCUCGCCCAAGUUCGAAACUGGGUACUGAAAUGCUGCGUACCAACAGUCGCGGCAGCGUAAUUUCGAUGCACGAUGAACGGACAGCGGAGCCAGAUAACCUUCGAAAAUCCUUGGAGGUUCUCGAGGAGCAAAUGGAAAAUCUGAGGAUCCCAGAGGAGCCUGCGUCCCCUGCUAGUUUGACAGCAAUCCAACCACGCAAAACGAUGCAGCGGAUAUCUUCACAACAUUCGCACCAAGGGCCGGACUUUGAACGCCCUGCUAGUCGAGGCCACAUCACACCUCCUGUUAUCUUUCCCCGCGAGCCAGGAACGAGUGUGGCAGAUAUUGAAAUGGACGCGGACAUUACGCCUGUACCGAGCAAGACCAUCGACCCGGAGCAAGAGCCUACUCCCAGGCCCCAGGGAAGUCCAUCAGGACGACAAGGCGCACGACCUCGCCAUUGA